CUCCAUCGCUCCGUGCCUGGCUGCCGGCGCGGCGCGGGGCGGCGAUGUGGCGGUGGCGGUAUGUGAGCGGCCGGCAGCUGCACGGCUUCCGACACUACAAGUACAGUGCUGUGGAUACAAAUCCUUUAUCUGUGUAUAUUAUGCAGCCCAUCUGGAAUAAAAUUAUUAAGUUAGUGCCUUUGUGGAUUGCUCCCAACUUGUUAACUUUCUCGGGAUUUGUCAUGAUUUUAUUUAAUUAUUUUCUAAUAUCUUUUUAUGACUGGGACUACACUGCCUCAGGUACCAGCCCUGGACUUGUUCCCACAUGGGUGUGGCUGUUCAGUGCUUUUACCACCUUUUGUGCUUAUGCUUUAGACUCCAUAGAUGGGAAACAUGCUCGAAGGACUCAGUCCAGUACUCCUCUGGGAGAACUAUUUGACCAUGGGCUGGACAGCUGGGCUACCUCCAUUUUUGUGCUUUCUUUUUUUUCUGUCUGUUCCCGUGACAAUGGGAAGACUGGAGUUUCUGUAUAUACAAUGUAUAUAUACUUAAGCAUUGUCUUGUUUAACUUCAUGUGUUCACACUGGGAGAAAUAUAACACAGGAGUUCUUUUUCUUCCUUGGGGAUAUGAUAUAAGCCAAGUGGUGUUAAUAGCAGCAUAUCUGCUCACUGGUACUGUUGGUGUGGAGGUCUGGCAGAAGCCUUUGCUGUUUGGUUAUUAUAUUACAGAUGUAUUAGUUAUCCUGCUUAUAGGCUUCAGUUUGUUUCUGUCGUUUCCACAAACACUAUACAACAUUCACAGAGCACAUUUAAAGAAAACACUGAAGAAUGAUUCUCUGUAUGAAGGACUGCUACCUCUUGUGUCACCUCUGUUACUGUUCGUUCUUCUUACAGUCUGGGUGGUUUUAUCUCCAAGCAACAUAUUAGCAAAGCAACCCAGACUGUUUUUAUGGAUGGUUGGGGUUGCUUUCUCAAAUGUUAUUUGCAAGGUGAUCAUCUGCCAGAUGAGCAGCACGCGGCCGGAGCUGUUCCACUGGUUCCUGUUCCCACUGGCGCUGGUGGUGUACGCAGCCAUCUCAGGGCUGCUGGGCCGCAUGGAAGAAGCGGCUCUCGGCGUGUUCACCACCCUGGUCACGGCUGCCCACGUGCACUACGGCGUCUGCGUGGGUAAGCAGCUGAGCGAGCACUUGAACAUUUACAUCUUUUCCCUGAAGAAACGUGUCCAAGAGUGAACACCUGCACUAUGAUCAGACUGUAACACUUGACAUGGAGAUUUGCAGCUCUUCUGAUGUGAUAAAUAGUUGGAAUGAAUCUGAUUAAAAUAACCAAAGAAUAGAAUAGUACAGAUAUUUGAACCACUGCAACAAUGAGCUAUGCAGCCAGAUGCCUCAUCUCAGAAGAAGAUGCCUGUCCAGCAGAGAACUUUUCCAAGUUGUUCUGUUGAUAUUUAUUAUUUUUACCAAGCCAUGUUACUCACCUCUCUUUUGUCUUCCUCCUCCUUACCACUGUGUCCAAAGUCCUGGAUAAAUCCAUGCUGGGUUACACAAGAUCUUCGGUGGUUUAUAACCAGCGCUGGUUUUGCCCAGCCCAGUCAUCAGUGGGACCUCAGCAAUGCAAACCCUCCCUGUACAUCCUUCCCACUCACACAUCUGUGCCUGCUUCAUUUGCCAUAUUUAUUUUCUCACAACUCAUUUCUUCCAUACAACCUCCUGAAAGGCUUGUGCACAUUUAGUCUUUUCCUCACCUCAUUUGAAUGUGUGAAGACAAGAGAAUGAGUUCAGAAAGCUGUGGGUACAGUAAAGUGUUUUUGAAAUGUACAGUUUUUUCCCCAUUCUCAGCAUUGAGUCUCAGCUGACCUGUCAGAAAUGUAGACUUAAUACAGCAGCAUCUGGCCCUUCUAUUUAUUUUCUAGGCAGUAACAAGCACAUUGUUUAUAUUUCAGUAGCAACAAACAAUAUAGCCUACAAAGAUAAACAGCUGAAAAUAAAUUUGGCCAGCAAACCUUGGAAGAUUUGCAUACUUCUCUUCAAAACUAGUUUCAGUCCAACAUCAUCUACCAGUGCAAAAUGUUAAACAAGUCAUUAUUUGCCUAUGUGCUUGAAGCAAAUUCUUGUGGUUUUAGAAAAUGUCAUAGGAAAAAGAAACAAGAGGUUUUUUUAAACAUUACAUGUAUGCAUGCAGAUGUAAAUGGCUCCUUUCAUCUAUAAUACACGUGGGUUUUCUGUGUGCCUUGGAGGAGGGAGUAAGAAUUUGAGUUUCAUGUCUUUUCAUAUGCUGCCCUAGCCAGAGGGCUUUUGUGGCCUUGAAGCACUAAUUAAACAAUCUGUCCACUUCCCCAAGGUAAGCACAGAGGGCUGUGAUUGACAGCCUGGCAUGUUUAUUAAUAUUUAACCAUCUCACUUGCCAGAAGCCAGGUGGAAGUGCAGUUGAGCUGCUGAGUCUGAUGUUCAUCUUUUUCAGUUCUUAGACCAUUUCUAAGAACAUUUAUCACUAGCCUGAUAAUUUUUCUCCCCAGUUAACUUACCCUUACAUCAGUAGCUCUAUUAAUAUUUUCAGCUGAGCACUGGCAAAUUGUAUGAGCAGUUUCAGCUUAAGCUGGUGCUGACUGUUACAGCAGUUGCCCUACCACAACACCAGCAGGGCUGAUUUCCCCAGGCAGCCCUUGCCACAGGCACCAGGGGACAAGCCUGCACAUCAGCUUCCUCUGUUCACAAAGCAGAAAUGCUGGAAAGCUCCUUCAGGUUUGAAAGAAUCCAUGUUCCACGUACCAAAAAAGCACAUGGAGCGACCCACCCCCCAAACAAACAUCAGAUGAGUCACAGUUCAAGCAGCUCUAGGUGUGAGUCAGGCAGAGGGGACAGGUCAUGCUGUAAUGCUGAGUCAGAGGUUUUGCCAAGAGCCAGGCAGGGAAGGGAGGAUGUCCUUUGGCACCACUGUGGUCCAGCACAGGAGGCAUCUCCCAGGCUUCCUCCCCGCUGGUGUGGCAGCCAUGCCCUUACCUUGUGUGAUGCCCAGAGAACAUGAGGUGUCCACAGAGGUGCUCCCUAACUGCCCAAGGACUCCCCUGGAGUAAGUCUGAAGUCUCAUUAUUUGAUGUCAAAAAUGUCAUUCUGACUGUUUUUGAAGGGGAGUGAUGAGUUUGAUGUUGCUGCAUGCACCCAGCAGUCUCAACAUUUGAUGAAGUGAAAUGCUACAUCCAUACCUGAUACACUGCCACAAAAGUCUCACCUGCUUUUUAAAGGCAGUUUGUAUUUCACCUUUCCAUCACAAGCAUUGAGGAAACUCUGGUGAGAAAAGAAUUGGGAUACAAUAAACAAAAAUAACUGCAAAUUGAAUGUGGUCAUACAGGAGAAACUCUGUGGACAGGCUUCCUUUUUCUGUCUUGCACUUAUUUAGGAAACAGCUGGAAAUAAAGGUCACAAGCAGUGCAAUUUCUUGCACUGGAAUGGAAUAUUUUGAAAUAUUCAUUAAAUGAAAUUAUAAAACUUGAACUACCACAACCUGCCUGCACUUGUACCUUUCUAAAGAGAAAUUGAGUAUCACUUUUAAAGGACAUUAAUCUCUGGCCAGUUUUUUCACCUUCUAUAUGAAAACAUGGCAAAUAACUUUCUUUUUCCUCUUUAAAGCAAUUUGUCACUACAAUCUGUAUAAAGACAAGUAUAAAAAGAGAUCAUGUAUUGCACAGUGUGUAUAUUGAAUUAUUAGCUGUUGUAGAUGACAACUGGUUCAAUGAAUAGGAAGAAAAAUGCUUUUGUUCAUAGGGCCGUACGGUCACAGAUUUAUUUUGCAAACCAGGUAUGUAGAUGACCUGACAGUCUAACAAUACAUUUUUUUGGUCACAUUAUGGCAGAAAGUUUUCAACUGUCUGAAUUGGAAAAUAGAAAAUUUUUUUAAUGCUUUAGAGCAUUUGCACUAACCCAAGGAUAUGCCUUCCUCCUGGUCUUAUGUAAAAGCAGCUAAACAAGAGCUGCUCUCCCAGGUUUGAACACCUAGGUUGGAAAUAGGCUCCUCUGGUCCCUGCUUCAUCCUCCCCUCCUUUGUCAGAGGCCCACGGACACCUGCAGCAGGGGGGUGCAGCUGAUGGCUCACAAAAGGGUCACUUCAACACAGAGGAAAAGAGUCCUAAUCCAGAACUCCUGUGACUGAGCAGCAGCUACAAAAGACCAGAGCU